AUGCGUUCCCUCUUAAUCAUUGUCAUCUUGUUCACAAUCUCAUCAUUCUUGUUUUCAUAUGCAACAUCAGAUGUUCAUUGCGUAAUUCUUACAAGAUGGCAUAUGUUUGUAACCAACGAUAUCUCUGAAGACAUCACAGUUCAUGUGACAUCACGAAGAGAUGAUCGUGGAAAUAUUACCCUUCCAUUUCAGGCUACUUAUGAUUGGGAUUUUUGUGAAACUGGGCAAAUAGUUUAUGCUGGUCAGUUUUGGUGGGGUUCAAAAGGUCAAAUUAUGAAUUUGUAUGAUACUGAAGCUUGGGAAGCCUGCAAUAAUCAUAAAUUAUGGGUUACUCAACAUUGUUAUUGGUUAGUAAGACCGGAAGGAUUUUAUAUUGGUACGCAAAACCUGCCUUUUCCAAAUGACAAUUGGCAGUUUAAAAAAUCUUGGUCGUGA